AAAAAAAGAUUGCUUUGAGAUUUGAAUAUGCGGUACAAUGAAACAAAAGGUAACAUUCAUCUACAUUAUUUAAAGAACAUGAAAUAAAUUACCUAUCAGAUAACCCCCCCCCCCCCCUCCAAUACCGUCCUCUUGCUAUUUUAUACGUAACACAUGCGAAAUGCCAAAGUGCAUUAGAAUGCCGAAGAGUUCUUGAAAACGUUUCUUUUUUUCUCUAUCAGAAACACAGAGAAUCUUAAUGGCCCAAACAAUGUUUUAUCGGCCCGGACAAUUUUAUGAACUUUUAAAUAGCAAAUUACAUUGAAAAUAAAACAAUGAAUUAAAAUUUAAUCAAAUUCAAUUCCAUGUAUUUUGCAAACCUGCUGUACAUUUCUUCAUUCUGUCCGCAUUUUGAAUCACUAUCCAUUUCCCUUUUAUCAUCGAUGUGUCUUCUAUCUCUCUCUUUGGAUUUUCCUUUCAGGAAGGGUUGUUUUACUUUCAUUUAUCAUUUAGGAAGUAUUGCUUUAUUUUCAUUUACCAUUUUGAAAGAUCUUUUUUUCUUCUUUUUUUUCCUUUAUCAUUUUCGAAAAAUUGUUCUAUUUUUAUUUGUCGUUUAGGAAGAUUUUUUUUUUCAUUUAUCAUUCAGGAAAUAUGGAUUUAUUUAUGGAAAUCCUGAUAGAAAAAAAGAUAUAGAAGAAAUCCUCCUUUACUGAGAUAACAAGUUUUCCCAUUUUUGAUUUCCUUAUCUAUUUAUCGAAUGAUACCAUCUGCAAAUAGGGUCAGUAUACGAUAAUUCUUUAUCUUUUUAAAAAGUAUGAGUGUGUUUAUCUUAAAAGCAAAUCACCUGUGUUUGUUUGUAUUCUUAAAUACGGAAGAAGAAUAAACUGCCCAUAGUCGCCAUGGCCAUCAUGAAAUAGUAUAAUCACUAUCUGUGUUUCACUACAACACAAUCCAUGCCUUUUAUCUAAAUGUCUCUAUUAUAUUAAUUCAAAAUAAGGAUACCUCGACUACAACGUGACUAUGUUGACCUGGAACGCCUCGGUUAAUGAAACUACCUCCAACACCACAAUAGAUACAGUGUACAAUGCGAUGCCUGUAUACUUACUGUUUUUCUUUGGAGUUGGUGGGAAUAUCAUUGCCCUGGUGGUGUUAUUACUGACAGCCAAAACACACAACUGGAGGCCAUUCUACAGAUUUGUGUGCGGAUUAGCGAUGACUGAUGGCGGUGGUGUGCUUGCAUCCAUUCCCGUAUCUCUCUCUAUAUACGCCUCUCAUUUUAGGAGGGAAUUGUCGCCAACUUUGUGCGACUAUGAAAUGUUUAUGUUAAUGUUUACGCUGAUGUCGUCUGCAAUGAUAGUCUGCGGGAUGUCAUUUGACCGAUUCUUUGCGACAUUCUUUCCAUUACAAUACAACAGACCACACAAGGAAAUUCGAACCAACAUUGUACUGGCAGUAAUAUGGGGACUUUCGGCACUCAUCAGCAGUUUACCUCUGUUUGGACUGGGUUCCAGUCGGAAAUACUAUCCGGGGUCAUGGUGUUUUCUUAACUAUAUUGAAACAACAAUCGCGUUGAACAGAAUUGAUGCCAUCAUUUAUGCCACUAUUGGUGUGAUAAUUGUCCUGGCAACGUGGGCCUUCAAUAUUGCUGUUAUUGUCUACUUCAUCUGCAAGAGAUAUGCAGGGGAAUCCACGUGGAGCGAGUGGAAGGACGUGCAUGUCAUCAUUUUCCUUCUGGCAGUCGUGGUCCUAUUCACUUCUUGUUGGUUCCCAUUAAUGGUAAACAUUCUGCAGCAUGCCAACUUUGCACUUCCGGAGACGGCGGGUAAGACGGAGCUCCUGUUAACCAGACUGAGCAUCACUAACUCCGUGGUGGACCCCUGGAUAUACAUCCUCCUCAGAAGGGAGAUCUACUCCUCCCUGCUGGCGUGUGUCAGACGCGUGUAUCACACGAGGAGAGCAAGUCACACGACACGGGAUCAGAGCUCUGGGGACAAAUUAGAGAAUAUUACAUUAGAAACGAAAUAAUUAAUUUUUACAGUGAUUCUCGGUAAUUAUUGACAUGCAUAUGAUAAAUACUACUUAAAGUAUGUUCCGAUAUAACAACAAAUCUAGCCGCCAUUUUGAUUGGUCAAAUGUGAAAGGUUAAAUAACCUCAAUGCUGCCGGAUCCUUCAGUGUAACGGUUAGAAAAGAUCUGUUUUAAAUUUCGGCUUGAGCAUCACUGAAGAGACAUUAUUUGUCGAAAUGCGCAUCUGGUGCAUCUAAAUUGGUACCGUAUAAGUUUUACAUUGUACAAAAAGAGUAUCUGUCUGUUCAUUUAGAUAUUGUACCUGUAGAAUUGUUGUAAAUUAAAUGCAAUGUACAUAUAUAUAUAUAUGAAAAUAAAUGUAUUUUUAAUUUU